AUGGCCGACGUAGCCCCCGCUACUGCGCCGCAGAACAUCCCUUCGCACCCUGCUGCUCCCAUGCGCAUCAGGACCGGCACGCCGCCGCCGCCCGAUGAGGCCACGCGGAAGGGAGACUUGGGCCUGGGUGUCUUCUCGCCCGUCAAUCAGAACGGCAGCUUCGAGUUUGACCGUGUGCUCAAGUCAGGCGAGUUGUUGAAGCGCACGAGGAAGACCAAGACCUGGAAGACCGUCUACCUUGUGCUGCGCCCGCAUACCCUCUCCAUCUACAAGGACCGCGACGAGACGCGCCUGCGCCACCAAAUAGCCCUGAACGAAAUCACCGCCGUCGCCCGCCAGCGCGACAAUUCCAAGAAAGCCAAGCACGUCUUCGGACUUUUCUCGCCCUCGCGCAACUACCAUCUUGCUGCGCUUUCUGAUCAAGAUGCGCAAGAUUGGGUCGAGUUCAUCCGCCGCGAGUCGCGCAUCGACGAGGAGGAACAGGAGAUGAUCCUGGCGAGCCCGAGCGGAGGAGGCAAGACCGUGAACAACCGGAAUCGCAGCGCAGAGCGCAAGGCACGGGAACAGCUCCUGUCCAGCUCGUCGGAGGGCGAAGGCCUCACCCGGCCGCCGAGUUCGAUGCGCCCAGAAGAUCUUCACAGCGCAAGGCGGCCCUCGCACACCUUCCCUUACUCGGGCAACGAGCAGGCCUCCUUUUCCGACUACUCCGAUACGCCAGUCCCCACCGGAUUCCGCGAGUCGACGCUCUCCUUUUCGCAGCCAAAUGAAGGCAAUGCUGGCGCUGGCUACGAGAGCUCCGUCAGCGGACGUCCGAGCCUGGGCCGAAACGUGAGCCAGAUGAGCAGCGCUGGCGCCAACGCUGAAGCUGGUGGUGCUGGCAAGAAGUCAGACGAUGAACGUGUGGUAUGCCAAGGCUGGCUGUAUAUCCUCAAGUCGAAAGGCGGUGUUAGACAGUGGAAGAAGCUUUGGGUGGUACUCCGCCCCAAGUCACUUGGUCUCUACAAGAACGAAGAUGAGUACUCUGCCAACCUCAUCAUCCCUUUCAACAACAUCCUCAACGCUGUCGAAAUCGACCCCAUGUCCAAGACGAAACGUUUCUGCAUGCAACUCAUCACCGAUCAGCGCAACUACCGCUUCUGCGCGCCUGACGAAGAGAACAUGACAAAAUGGCUCGGCGCAUUUAAGAGCCUUCUCGCCAGACGCAAGGAGGCGGAGAUGGCUCGCCGCGUCGCCGAUGGUCAACCACAAGCGCCGGCGCCAGCGCCAGGUGCCCCGGUCCCCGGAUCGAGAGUCGUGUCCGGCUCCAGCACAGCCAGCGGCCAGCGCGCUGCUGCACUACCAGUGCGGUAA